UGUGUAAGGAAAAAACAAAAAGACGAGAGACAAAUUGGGUAUGUAGCCCUACUUUUUAUAUUAUAAGUUCCAUAUAUUAUUUGAGGGUGGCAUCAUAUAUCCCUUUCACUUUCCUGCCACUGUAUGAAAUUUUGUCUUUCUCCUCUUCAUUUAUAAACCUAUACCCUUCAAGCCCUGAAAACACAAAACAUUUGUCUUUCUCUCUUUUCUUCGUUAUCUCAAGGUUUUCCUAUUAUCAUUCCCCUUCUCUCUACUACCCAACCAUACUUAUAAAUUUGUUUUUAUAAAUAAAAACGAUCGGUCUUGUUAGAGUUUAUAUCUCGUAAACAAGACCGUUCGUUAAUCGUUUUGUUUUAUAAUCCGACAUUGAAUCGAACGAGAGGUUUCAAUAUUGUCGAAGAGUAUAUACAUGGCUCCGGUCUCAUUGCCUCCAGGUUUUAGGUUCCAUCCAACGGACGAAGAACUAAUCACUUACUAUCUCAAGAGAAAGAUCAACGGUCAAGAGAUCGAGCUAGAAAUUAUCCCUGAAGUAGACCUCUACAAGUGCGAACCAUGGGACUUGCCAGGGAAGUCACUGCUUCCUAGCAAAGACCAAGAAUGGUACUUCUUCAGCCCACGGGACAGAAAAUACCCCAAUGGUUCAAGGACGAACCGGGCAACAAAAGGCGGUUACUGGAAAGCCACGGGCAAAGACCGGCGUGUGAGUUGGAGAGAUCGAGCCAUUGGGACCAAGAAAACAUUAGUUUACUACCGUGGACGUGCCCCACAUGGUAUUAGAACUGGUUGGGUCAUGCAUGAAUAUCGCCUCGAUGAAACUGAAUGCGUGCCUUCUGCAUUUGGGAUGCAGGACGCAUAUGCACUUUGUCGCGUGUUUAAGAAAAUAGUGAUUGAGGCCAAACCAAGAGAUCAACAUCAGCAGCAGCAUCAACCUUACGUCCAUACGAGCUCGAAUCUAAGCGGUAACUCGAGUUUUGACGUUUGUUCAGAUCUUGAAAUAAGUUCAAACGCACAUCAAGCUCUACCUUAUAAUAGCGCUGCCGAUAUCCAAUCACGAUUUGGAAACGCAAACGCAAUCACUGAUCAUGAUGACUGGUCGCAGUACUUGUCACAAAACAUGCCUACGAGCUUUGCAGAUUAUGGAUCUCCUUAUGGACCUUCCCUCACACAAUCAAAGGUGAAUACAGAAAUGGAAUGUGAGAUGUUGCAACAUCAAAUGUCACUGCCACCAUUGCGAGUAGAAAAUUCGCCGGCUCAAACCAGGGAUUUCUCCAAGAGAAUGAAUCAAAACAGUGGUCAAAGCGGUUUCGACGACUUUACUUUCGCCGCAAGUAACUCCAACCAAUUCUAUAACAACAACGUUGAUGAUCAUUUAAUACACAUUGGAGAUCUCGAUGUUGGAAAUUCGACAUGGAUGAGAAUGUCUAGCGAGAAUCUUAAACAGAGUUUUCUAGAAGAAGAAGAGAUUUUGCCAAGUUUUGAGAGUAACGAUCAAGAUCUUGAAUUUUAUGGUGGAUCACGGACCAAUACAAUCAACAACAUAGAGAUCGAUGAUUUUUUCUCGUUUGAGAACCAAGCACAAGACAACGACAACUCAAACGUAACCCCAAACUCCGCAGGAUUGGAAAUGAUUGGAGAAGAGAUCAUAGUAAACCAUAAAAUGCUUAUUAGUACACGGCAAACGACGGAGAUUUUAUACUACCAAGUCGUACCGUCGCAGAUACUGAAAAUUCACAUAAAUCCGGUACAUGGAAAUGAAGAGAGAACAAUGUUAAUGGAAGAAGGCAGUGAUGAUUCUUGGUUCCAGAAGGCUGAAAAUGUUGCGAAGUUGAAAUUGAAGCAGAUUAGUCUAGUUGCAAAACGUUAUUACAAAUGUCUCACAAUUAUUUUCUGAUUUAUUUAUUUAUUGUCUUAUACCUCUUUUGAAAAGAAGAGAGGAGAAAUACAUAUAUACCAUAUACACAUGUAUGCUAUA